ACUCUUCCAGGCUGCUUUUCAUUCGACACGUUCAAAAUAAAGAGUGAACACCGUCCACACUCACACAGAUGAAGAGACGAAGACUUUGACGGUGGAGGAAAACAGAAGGGUGAUCUUAGAGGAGAGGUCAAUAGCAUAAAAUAUUCAUAGCAUUGGACAUGGUGAAUUUGUUACAUAAGCCACAGUGGCAGGCCGUCGUGAUCGUCGUAAUACUCACUAGGGUGGCUCUGACUCACGCCCUGCCAACCCCAGGGCAUCACAGCCACAAGCGCUUAAAACGGGAGAGACUUCAUGCCAUACAGAAGGGAAUUCUUAACAAACUAGGACUACAGAAAGUUCCGGACGCUUCACGUUUUAACAUUACCUCAGAAGAGAGAGAAAAAAUGAUACGACUUUAUAACAAAUCCUUGCAAUUGUCUCACGACAGGACUCAUGUAUUGUACGAAAGAGAGGAAUAUUUCGCCAAAACAUUUCACAGUUUUUCAUCCACUGACCCGCCAGCUGCUAGUGAGAUUGAUCCAAGAUUAUGGAAUGACAACAAAAAGACAAGACUUUAUUUCGACGUUCGCAUUCCUCAGCCGAAGGACGGCUCACAAAGACAACUCCACCUUCACUCUGCCACAUUAAAUCUCUUUAAAACACGGACGUUUCCACAACGCCUUAAAGACAAAACAAACGUAGGGAAAAGCAUAACCCUCAGUGUUUAUCAUUAUACCAGGCGUUUAAAAAGUGGGAAAAUAAUUUCAAGACGUUUGAUUGAUUCAAAGCCAGUAUCUUUAUAUGAUCCAGGGUGGAUUAGUUUUGAUAUUAAAGACUCAGUCCAAGUGUGGAUGGACAAUCCAAGAAAAAACUUUGGUAUCGAAGUGACCUCGGAAGGUCAGGAUCUUAGUGAGUUAGUAGAAUUUUCUAUGAAUAGAAACAGUUCCCAAGACUCUACCAACGACACAUACUCCGUUGAGAACGAUUUAUCUCCGUCCUUGCAUAUAUAUACACAACUCCGACCACUCCCCGGGCGCCCAAAGCGGACCCUGGAGAGAAAAGACUGCGCGGGAGAAGGAAACGAGCGCUGCUGCCGUCAGCCGCUCCGAGUAUACUUUAAAGACAUCGGCUGGGACAGUUGGGUUGUGGCGCCGGAAUACUACGACGCGUAUUAUUGCGACGGUUCCUGUCCGCAUAAGUACAAGAGUGCGUACACUUUUUCCACUAUCAAGGCUCUUAUCCAGUUAUUCAAUCCCGCCGCUGCCCCAGCUCCCUGUUGUACAGCCAACAAACUUAGCCCUCUCAUACUGUUACAUUUUGACGAAGACGGUAACUUAGUGCAGAGAGAAUACGAUGAUAUGAUUGUUGAAGAAUGUAAGUGCGCGUAAGUUCACCUGUAGACAAUUACGCUAUUUUUGUCUUGUUACAAUAUAUCUAGGGGGUUAUUGUCCCUUAAAUGUUCACUGUGGUGUCAGCAUCCAAAGGUCCGUACAUCUCACCGACUCACGUUGUCAUUAUUCAUCCGAUUUGAUAUUCCUAGUAUUGUCAUCUCAUCCUGAGCAAUGUAUUAUAAUGCUUGUUAUUUAUUGACCGUGUUCACAAAUUAAUUUAUUUGUUAUUUAUAUGGAUGUGAAUGUUUAUUUUUAUACUAUUUUGUUACGGAAAUCAAAGCUGUAAAACAGCAAGAUUUUGAGGAGGAGGGUUAUUAAACAACGGGUGGCGAACGCUAGCGGGAACGGUUUGGAAAUGUUGGCGUUUUGAAAGACAAGGCAUAAGUUUCUCGGUGCGCUUAACCAGUGCGAUACUUUUACGUCUCAUGUGUUAUUGUUAUCGUGGUGUGAAUCUCAUUCUUUAACCUGAUAAUUGUUUUUUUUUUUUUUUCUGUUUUUGAGAAAAAGUGCCACUGCCAAUGAAUUUUGUUCCGAAAAAAGAAAUAUUACUUUUGACUGACGAAUCUCAUCCCGGAGAUAAAGGCGUGCAAUAGUGUGGAGAUACUGUAGGCGUAAGAUUAGCGUUGGUUAUUGACAUGUUAUUCCGUUUUCCUGGGAUGUUUUACUCUUGGAAACAAUGGGGAUA